AUGAGCAGAUUAAGAAUCUGGUUUCACUCGAUAGGGAAGCAAGCUACUAACUAUCUCCAGGAUUUGAAAAAGAAGAAAACUCCCUCGACGCCCUCUGAUGAGCUCAACCAGAGGCUUGGAUUGAGCCAUUUAGAUAGUGAGGCUAAGAUGAAAGCAGCCAGGCAAGAUGCUCGCAGGCAAAUGGUUAAGGAUUUUCCUUGGGAAAGAAUAGGUUGCUUCAGGGACCCUAGCUCAGAAGACUCUAGUACCUUUUCUGCCCGUGAUCUUCAGAAGGAGAACAGAUUCAUUGAACAUUUUGUAAUCGACAGGUACUACUCUGACUGGUAUUGGAAUACAUCGUUAAUGAUAGGCACAUGUCUUUGGGCUUACUUCGUUGCCAGAAUUGGAUUGGGUCUAUGGUCUCUUAUCCUAGUUGUAUUUUAUGCUAUCCAAGUUUAUCGUCUGGAGGUGUCCAGAUUCAACAGGAAUAUUCAUGACGAUAUGAAUAGAGUUCAGUCUGUGCAGCUUCUAGAGAACGGAACUGAAACCAUGCAAUGGCUUAACUCCUUCUUAGCCAAGUUCUGGAUCAUUUAUAUGCCUGUCCUAUCGGAGCAAGUGAAAAAGGCGGCCAACGACGUCUUGAAAGAUGCCGCCCCUGGAUUUGGUAUCGACGCUCUGAGUUUGGAUCAAUUUACCUUGGGUUCAAAAUCUCCUACAAUCAACUCUGUCAAAUCUUAUCCAAAGCUAGGUAAAGACGUUUACCAAAUGGACUGGGAUUUCUCGUUUGCUCCCAAUGAUACGGAUGACAUGACCAAAAAUGAAAUCAAAAAGAAGAUCGAUCCUAAGGUCGCUUUGGGUGUGAGAGUUGGAAAGGCUUUUGUCUCCAAGAAUUUGCCAAUCCUUGUGGAGAACAUGCAGUUCGUAGGAAAGAUGAGAGUCACAAUCAAAAUCGGUGAUCAUUUUCCUAAUAUCAAGCUGGUCUCAGUGAGUUUCUUGGAACCACCUGAAAUUGCGUACUCCCUUAAACCUGUUGGAGGCGAUACCUUCGGAUUGGACAUCAUGUCUUUAAUUCCAGGCUUAUCUUCAUUUGUUAACACUUUGAUUCAUUCUAACUUAAGACCAAUGCUAUAUGCGCCAAACUCUCUCGAUAUUGAUGUUGAGCAACUGUUAGAAGAGCAAGUGCAGGACACUAUCGGUGUUCUUGCCGUGACUAUAAACAGAGCAGAUGACCUUAAAUCCACAAAAGACUGUGAUCCAUUCGUAUCGCUAUUUACGGAGAAACAAGAGUAUAGAAAAGUUCACCACAGACAUCAAGACCAACACCACUUCUCCUUAUUGGAAAGAAACGAAGUUUACCACCACGACUCUAACAAAGGGCCCAAACUUAUCGGAUCUACGAGUUAUUCCUUGGACAACGUUGUUCAACAGGAAGUCAUUCUCGGUCAAACAUCAAAACUGAAAAUGGGAGGCAAAACAAGAGGCUCUCUAAGUUAUGAUAUCCGUUGGUUCCCUGUUUUAGAAGGUGAAGAGUUAGCCGAUGGUUCCAAAGAAGAACCUCCUGAUACAGAAUCUGGUGUCCUUAAAUUACUGUUGCAAGGUGCCACCGAUUUGAGUCUCGUGUCAUCCGUGACUGGUAAAUUAUCUGCGUAUUCUGAGCUGUAUUUGAAUGGGGAGCUUGUUACCAAGACUCGUAUCAUACAAAAUACAAUUGAGCCAAAUUGGGAAGAAUCUUUGGAGAAGUUUAUAUUUGCCAAGUCAAAGUCCAGAGUCGAGUUAAUUGUGAGGACCAAAUCUGGUCUUGUUGAAGACCCUGUAGUGGGAAGUUUCAAGGGAAAUCUUGAUGAGCUAAUUGCUACUAGUCUGGAUGACUCUGCCACUAUCAAGCUGAAACCUCAGGGUGAGUAUAAACUAACUGCCCAGUGGAAAGGUUUAGCACUCAGUGGUGCUGAUGCCAGUACUAACUUCGUUCCUCCAUUUGGAGUUGCGAGACUGCACAUAAGAAAUGCUGAUGAUGUUUUAAAUACCAAGACUGUUGGAAAGGUAGAUCCUUACGUUAGGGUUAUGGUCAAUGGUAGAUUGAAAUAUAGAACCACUGUCCGUGAAACUACAACUACUCCGGUUUGGGAGGAAUGCAUGUACUUCCCAGUGACCUCAAUGAACCAGGUGUUCUCUCUUGAUGUUAUGGAUGCUGAAAAGAGAAGUAAAGACAAGCUGCUUGGGUCUGCCAAAGUGCAAUUGAGUUCUUUUGUAAAAAAGUCCGACGAUGGAAAAUUCAUGGCUUAUGAUGGUGCUAAAAAGGUUUUGUCUCAACCUUUAGAAAUCAAAAAGUCAAAGAAGAAGAAAGGAACCAUAUACUACUCAAUGUCUUUCAUCCCAAUGCUACCAGUUUAUACAAAUACUGAACUGGAGGAACUUGAGAGGACAAAGGAGGAAAGAAAAGAAAAGGAAUUACAGGAGCAAAAAAAACUAGAGCAAAUGGAAGAGCUAUUCAAGAAGAAUCCUAAGAAGUAUGAAUGGGUGGAAGUUGAUGACGAUCUCGACGAAAUUCCAAAGCAAAAGCUAUCGCUGGAACAAUUACUAGAGUACAAUUCUGGUUCCAUGGGUGUACAGAUCAAAAAGGGAAAAUUCACCAAACCGGAUGUGUAUGUUCAACUUUUGUUUGAUGAGCUAGCUUUCCCCUCUUACAUUUCUGCUCGUUCACAAGGACGAUCCAUUACGUCUCCGGAUGUGGCUCAAGUUUUCGUACGUGACCUUGAGAAUUCACAAACUAUCAUUCGUAUCUCUAAACGUGCUAUUGCAAAGGAGCAAGAUGACAUAAUUGGAGAGCAAUCUUUUGCAACUCGGGAUCUUCUUCAGAGAGGUUAUGGUAAAGAUAUUGACUUAACUUUUGCUGGCCAGAAAUUGCAGGUCGAAUUGGACUUUCUUCCAUUGUCAGUGGAACUACCACAGUCAGAACUUAUGGCAGACUCUGGUUUCCUUACCCUUGAAAUACUUGAUGCAGCUAAUUUAUUGUCUGCAGAUAGUAACGGCAAAUCUGAUCCAAUGGCCAAGGUUCUAUUAGACGGACAAGAGAUAUACUGCACUGACAAGAUCAAGAGAACUUUGGACCCUACAUGGGAUGAAUCAACAAGAUUCUACGUUCCAUCUAGAUCGAGAUCCAAGGUUACAAUCGCAGUUUAUGACUGGGAUUUUGCCGGUGAUAAUGAUUUCUUGGGUGAAAAGAAUCUCCCGUUAGAAAACCUCGCUGUGGAUGAGACUCAAGAAUUUAAAGUCGAAUUGGAUACUCAAGGUUCUGUUCGGUUAAGAGGAACAUUCCACCCCGAAUAUGUCAGACCACCAAUUGAGAUUAUGGGACAGAGUGGAAUUGAGAAGGUCGCUACAGCUCCAGUCAAGGUUAUUGGUGGCGCAGCUAACAUUAUUGGUGGCACUGUUGGAGUUGUAGGUGGUGGCGUUUUCAAGGGUGUUAAGAACGUCUUAGUGCCCUCCAAGAAAAAGCAAGAGAAGCACGACGAAACAGCGGACUUGACCUCUUUGAGAUCUGUCAAAUCCGGAGCAAGUUCAACAUUCUCCAGAAAUAGUCACCACCCUAAGGACACUUUCAUUCCACUUGGCGCUCCUCCCCUACCAAGAGCCAGUAGAGCUCAGAACACUGAUAGUUCUGCCACCUCUAAUUUGGGAUCUGAUGUCCAAAGCUUAAGAAAUGGGGGUAGGACUCCAGUUCAGAAUGGAUCACCUGUUAAAGUGAUACAAUCCAGACCGAGAUCGAUCGUCUCUUCUGAACAAGCAAGCGUCUCUGGAGCUUCUAAACAGAAUGUAUCCAAGGGAUCUGUUGAGAUUGUCUCAUUAUCUGGCAUGGAUGCGAAAAACUCUUUAUUAGUCAGAGUCUUGGUCACAUCACCUUCCAGAAGAAAGGAGGUACUGCGCACUGCCUCCCACAAAACAAAAGAUGGAAACAUCAUCUGGAAUGAAGGCACCACGUUUAAUGCAGCUGCUGACUCAUCGUUGACUUUUGAAAUCAAAGCUAGUCACACUUUUAGUAAGAAUAUUACACUUGCUACAGGUUCACUAGAACUUAGUGAUGUUAUCGAGAAGACUAAUGAGGAUGAGAUUAAAGUUAGUUUAACUUCUGGCGGAGAAUUGGUCGUAAAGGUUGAUUACUCCGAUCAAUAUCCCAAGGAAGAUAGUUAG